CUGUAUCCGCACAAAAACCUACAAGUGGUUUUUCUCCAUUCUUCAUUUUCCAAAUCCUUCGUCUUCCCUGAGAAACUCAUUUUUUCCCAAUGGCGACAACUCUUGCGUUCUCCCUUUCAACCCCGAUCCGGGCCUCAUCCGGCUCACUUCAAAGACCCGAUCCGAGUCGCAGAAAACCUGUUUCUUCCUCCUCCUGGUGGGCUCCUCUCUUCGGGUUGUCCUCCAACCCCGAUUACCUUAAUGAUCGCAAUACCGGUCUUACGUCGGAGGGAAAGUCAGACAUACCAGAUCCGGACUCAGAUCCGAGUAGAUCUAGAGUUGGAUGCACGACCGGUUGCUUCACCGAGGGGAAAGCAAAGCAACUUCGUAGGAAGACGAUGGAGAACGCGGCGUUUCACGAUAUGAUGUACCACUCUGCGAUCGCGUCUCGUCUUGCGUCUGAUACGUCGGGUUGGCCGGUAAGUGAUUGAACGAAGCCUAAUAAUAAU